AUGUCUCUGAGCGUUGUCGCCUCCAAGGCUGCCCCAACCCUCGUCGUCGUCGGUGCCGUCUCUGGUGUCGUCGCCUACGUCCACAGGUGUCUCUCCUACGAGUCAUCCCAGAUGGACCGCUUCUUCUCCUCCUACAACACCCCCCAGAGCGAGGCCAACCGCGCCAAGGUCUUCCAAGACGCCUCGUACGACCCCAGGACGAACGUGCUCAACGUCCUCGGCUGGAAGGGCAAGUCUUCAUAA